GUUGUCGAUUCGAUAAAAAAGCACACCAUGCAAUCUCUCGAGAAUCAUAAUUAUAAUGUUGAAUGCUACGUAAAAUAUGAAGAUCGACAAUUAAGAUUAAAAGAGCAAGCUGCUGUCGUGAGAGAAUGCGUCAUUAAUCAUCAAAGAGCAAUACAGUUGCUUAAUGGCGCAAUAUCUACUGGACCAAAGCUCGAACGUUCACGGAUCAACGUGAGUGAUCGGAGCGCAAUUGUUGCCGAUGCAUCGGAUAUUAAAAGCGCAAGAUUUGCAGAUAGUGCAGACGUCAAUGUCCUAUUUUACAGUGUUGGCAUCUUUCCGAUAAGUAUUUGCAUCCGCUUUGCAUUGAAAUAACUAAUGUCUUAUAAAAUUAAUAAAUAAAACUGUGCUUCGUUAAUCAAAUACCUACUUAUUUGAUGCCUAUACUGCAGUUAUGGUGCGUCUCCACCUGCGAGUAAGAACUCUCGAGAGCAAAAAGAAAGAGAGAGAGAGAGAUACUCUCAAGAGUCUCUCUCUCUUUCUCUCUUUUUGCUCUCGAGAGUUCUUACUCGCAAGUGGACACGCACCAUUAUGGAAAUGUACUAAUACGUAAUAUAUUUGUCAGAUAUAAUUAUCGCUUUUACCGCAGUUUUCUUCAUAAUUCUUACGUAAAUGUUGAUAAAAUAAAGAAUAAUUAAGAGCUUAGAGCUCAGAAUGGAAAAUUGUAUUGUAAAAUAGAGAUAAUUGGCAUUUAAAAAUUUCAAUUCAAAAAUAUACAGGAAUACAUACGCAGUGCGUUAUUGAUUUCAACGUGCGGACCGAUUAAUACCUGAGAGAGGAAAGUAAUUACGUAUUGAAAUGAUUGGAUUAUUUCAAUUAUCACAAAAUUAUACAAUCUUUCAAUAAAUUGUAUAAACAAUUUAUUGACGUAGAACUACGUCGACAGUAAGUAGGGGGCACACUGGGAGCACACCCAAGUAGCAGAUUAUAUUUUUUUAAUGUUCUUUUAAUAUUUAU